UAUAUCUAGGCUCAUAAUGUAAUACUACCUUAGUCUGCAUUAUCACCACCGUCGCCACUCGCCACCAUGCCAGUCGGCCGGAAAAUCCUGAUUGUUUCCUACGCGGGCGCCGGCCAUAUCAACCCGUCCCUCACAUUCGCGGACCGCCUGCGUAAAAUGGGUGUGGAUGUCACCAUUUCCACAAGCUUUUUUGUCCUAAAAAACAUCAAAGAUAAAGAAACCACCCCUCAUGGCCUAACCUUUGCACCAUUCUCUGAUGGCCAUGACAAUGGCAUACAACCAACCACCACCCUGCAGCAGUUCAUCUCCGACUUCGCUACAAACGGUGCACGUUCCGUUGGAGAAACCAUCACCUCCGCGGUGGCUGCAGGUCAACCGUUUGACCACUUGGUAUACACAAGUGGCAUACCUUGGGCCGCAAAAGUGGCCCAAGCCCACAAACUCAAGUCCAGUCUCCUUUGGUGCCAACCAGCCACUGUUUUGAAUAUUCAUUAUUACUACUUCAACGGCUACGAAAACUUGAUAGCCGAUAACAUGAAUAACGCAUCUUUUCCGAUCGAGUUACCCGGACUGCCAUCACUAACUACGGCUGAUCUGCCUUCGUUUUACUCGCCGUCUAGACCGAAGGAACACGACUUUUUGAUGCAAGUUUUGGAAGAUCAUGUUGAUGCACUUAAAACUGCCCCACGAGUGCUCGUAACAAGUUUUAACGAGCUAGAAAUCGAAUCCAUCACAGCAAGCGAGCAACUUGAGUUCCUUCCGAUUGGACCCUUGAUCCGAUCGGAUGGAAAAGAAAACGACGAAUGCAUACGAUGGUUGGACACAAAAUUGGAAGCAUCAGUCGUGUACGUUGCAUUUGGAUCGCAGGCGAUUUUAUCGAUGGAACAAGUGGAGGAGAUAGCAAUCGGGUUGGUAACUAGCAGCCGGCCAUUUCUAUGGGUGAUACGCGAUAGCGAGCAAGCACGAAGAGUAAGCAAAACCGCGCAACUGCAAACACAGGGGAUGAUCGUUGAGUGGUGUUCUCAAGUUGCCGUGUUGAACCACCGAUCAAUUGGGUGUUUCGUGACGCAUGGUGGGUGGAAUUCCACGAUAGAGGCGUUAGUGGCCGGUGUUCCGACGGUGGUGUUUCCACAAUGGGCGGAUCAGCCAACGAACGCGAAGAUGAUUGAAGAUGUAUGGAAAACAGGGGUGAGGGUGACGAGGCGGGGGGACGGGGUGGUGGACGGGAAGGAGAUUGAUAGGUGUUUGCAAAAGGUGAUGACCGGAGAUGACGGUGGUGAGAUGAGGAGAAACGCACGUAAAUGGCGGGAUUUGGCAACCGAAGCUCUCGAAAACGGCGGAUCCUCCACCGUUAACCUGCAAGCUUUCGUGAAUGAUGUUUGAAAUCGCAAGAAA